UCAGCCGCUGGAUCGUGGCCAGCUGCGAACGAUCAAGCCAGCCCGAGCCACCCCCCCCCCAACGAGAUGGGCCGCCCAAAGAUCCAACGCAAGGUCGAGGUCAAGACCCAGCCCACGACGCUCUCGGAGAGAUUCAGUAUCCUGGGGCAGGGCCGACAGGGCAAGGCUGCCGCGCCUCCACAGCCGAAAGGACGGUCGGUCGCCUCUGCGGCUGCACCUGCCACGGCGAUAAAGAGCCGUCUUGGUCCUGCGCCGGUCCUCUCCCGACUCGGCUCCAUGAAAGGGGCCACGGUUGGAGAUGAUAUCAACAAGCGCCUGGGCACGGUUCGCCGUGACGGCGCCAUCACCAAGAAAACUCAGAGCCCUGCCAAGAAGACCCAGUCCAAGGCGGCAUCGGGUACCGCAAAGCCCGGCAAGGCCUCCAAGUUGGCGAAAUCUAGAAAGCCAGCCGCUGCAGCUACGCAGCGGGGCCUCAAGAACCAGAAGCGAGGCAAGGGCAGCGCUCGCCCUGGCACCAAGGAUACCGCCAAGACCUCGGAUGCGCUGGACAAGCAGCUGGACAGCUACAUGAUGAGGAACACCGAUUACGCACAAAAGAAGCUGGACAAUGACUUGGAUUCGUAUAUGGCAGCCAAGGAGCCCUCAGGCGAUAUGAAUGUGGAGUAA